AUGAAUUAUGAGGGAGCCAGGAGUGAGAGAGAGAACCACGCUGCUGAUGACUCCGAGGGAGGAGCCCUGGACAUGUGCUGCAGUGAGAGGCUACCGGAUCUCCCCCAGCCGAUAGUGAUGGAGGCCCUGGACGAGGCCGAAGGGCUCCAGGACUCACGGAGAGAGAUGCCGCCACCCCCUCCUCCCUCGCCGCCCUCAGAUCCAGCUCAGAAGCCACCGCCUCGAGGUGCCGGGAGCCACUCCCUCACUGUCAGGAGCAGCUUGUGCCUGUUUGCUGCCUCACAGUUCCUGCUUGCCUGCGGGGUGCUCUGGUUCAGCGGCUAUGGCCACGUCUGGGCACAGAACGCCACAAACCUCGUCUCCUCUUUGCUGACGCUCCUGAAACAGCUGGGACCCACGGCCUGGCUUGACUCUGGGACCUGGGGAGUCCCCAGUCUGCUGCUGGUCUCUCUGUCCAUGGGCCUGGUCCUCGUUACCACCCUGGUGUGGCACCUCCUGAGGACACCCCCAGAGCCACCCACCCCACUGCCCCCUGAGGACAGGCGCCAGUCAGUGAGCCGCCAGCCGUCCUUCACCUACUCUGAGUGGAUGGAGGAGAAAGUUGAGGAUGACUUCCUGGACCUGGACCCGGUGCCCGAGACUCCUGUGUUUGAUUGUGUGAUGGACAUCAAGCCUGAGGCUGACCCCGCCUCGCUCACCGUCAAGUCCAUGGGUCUGCAGGAGAGGAGGGGCUCCAAUGUCUCACUGACCCUGGACAUGUGCACUCCGGGCUGCAACGAGGAGGGCUUUGGCUACCUCAUGUCCCCACGUGAGGAGUCCGCCCGCGAGUACCUGCUCAGCGCCUCCCGUGUCCUCCAAGCAGAAGAGCUUCAUGAAAAGGCCCUGGACCCUUUCCUGCUGCAGGCGGAAUUCUUUGAAAUCCCCAUGAACUUCGUGGAUCCCAAAGAGUACGACAUCCCUGGGCUGGUGCGGAAGAACCGGUACAAAACCAUACUUCCCAACCCUCACAGCAGAGUGUGUCUGACCUCACCAGACCCUGACGACCCUCUGAGUUCCUACAUCAAUGCCAACUACAUCCGGGGCUAUGGUGGGGAGGAGAAGGUGUACAUCGCCACUCAGGGACCCAUCGUCAGCACGGUCGCCGACUUCUGGCGCAUGGUGUGGCAGGAGCACACGCCCAUCAUUGUCAUGAUCACCAACAUCGAGGAGAUGAACGAGAAAUGCACCGAGUAUUGGCCAGAGGAGCAGGUGGUGUACGACGAUGUUGAGAUCACUGUGCAGAAAGUCAUUCACACGGAGGAUUACCGGCUGCGACUCAUCUCCCUCAAGAGUGGGACUGAGGAGCGAGGCCUGAAGCAUUACUGGUUCACAUCCUGGCCCGACCAGAAGACCCCAGACCGGGCCCCCCCACUCCUGCACCUGGUGCGGGAGGUGGAGGAGGCAACCCAGCAGGAGGGGCCCCACUGUGCCCCCAUCAUCGUCCACUGCAGUGCAGGGAUUGGGAGGACCGGCUGCUUCAUUGCCACCAGCAUCUGCUGCCAGCAGCUGCGGCAGGAGGGUGUGGUGGACAUCCUGAAGACCACGUGCCAGCUCCGUCAGGACAGGGGCGGCAUGAUCCAGACAUGUGAGCAGUACCAGUUUGUGCACCACGUCAUGAGCCUCUACGAAAAGCAGCUGUCCCACCAGUCCCCAGAAUGACUGCGCUUCUCCUGCAAGGUUCUCUGGGCACUGCCCAGCCUGAGUCUCGGCCCUCACCCAGGGCCCCGCCUUGGGUCCUGGGCCUGCUCCCCGCUUCCUCCCCUUCAGUCAGCUCCCUCUGUCCUCUCUGUCAGCCUGGCCUGGCCCCUACCCUCCAGCAUUACUCUUCCUACUGUACAUAUUGAGGAGUGGGGGCAGGGUCGGGGAGGGACAUGCCAGGCCGGGCCUGGGGCCCCAGGGCCUGAUCCACACCACACAGACCCUGGGCCCCAGUUUUUAACGAUGGUUCCAUCAAUACCUGAUCCAGAAUGUUUCCGUGCCACACUCUGUGUCCUGCUGCAGUGUGUUCUGUCUGUCUGUCCAUCUCUGCUGUCUGUACCGGACACUGUGUCUCCUCGGCCAGGAAGGGGUAAUGAGCUCCAGCCCCUAAGCAACCUGGGCGGACUUGCCUGCCUCGGCCUCACCCGCACUUCUCCCAAAAGGCAGAUGACUGGGAGUUAGGCAUGGGGAGCUCCGGAGAGCUACCAGAGUUCCAGCUGAGGGAGAGGUCUCUAGGUUGGAGUGGGCAUCACAGCCAGGGUGGCCUCUGGGUGUCAGAUGCCCUCAGGAGGGUGCCCAGCCUGUGAGGCACUGGCGAGGAAGGGGGCAGAUGGGGCGUGGAGAACCCAGAGGAUCUGGGCCCUGUUGGGGAGGGGAGGGGAGCUCAAGGUUUGGGUGGGGACUCAGCCCCAGAUCUGUGUGAGACAUUUUUCGUGUCACUGUGGGAAAGCCUUCCCAGAAGUCUCACUGCGUGUCGCUCUGCGUGUGUUCCCAUGUCCAUGCGUGUGUUGAGAGCCCACCAGGAGGGCAUGCAUGACUCUGGCAACAUGUGUUAUCUUGGAGCCACGUGUUUUUAUUGCUGACUUUAAAUAUUUAUCCCACGGCAGACAGAGACAUUUGGUGUCUUUUUAUAAUUCGCUCGUGGUCAUUGAAUAGAGCAAUAAACGGAGCAUUUUGAGC